CUCUCUUCUUCGUUCUUUCUCCUCUCUGUUUCUUUCCACAUCCAUUGCGGCCCUCAUUUCGCCCCUCCCUCUUCCCACUCAAAUGUCGCGGAUCUGAGUCGGAGAUUGGUGGAUCUGGUUCUCCUUUGAAUCCCCAAGGAUGGCUUCUCUUAUCCAUCCAUCGUACAAUCAAUUGCAUCAUGGACGGUUCAUGGCAGAUGAAGGAAGGGUUUUUGACCAGCUUCACCUGAGAUACGGUUUGGUUCAUGACAAGAUGGAGUAUGAUGAGCGAUACACAGAGUAUAUCUGGAAGACCGGGCUUCUCCCUUUCAUCCCACUCGUGUCUGUUCGAUGCCAAAGAUGAACCCUUGUGCGAUAACGACACUCAUUGACCAAUGGGGCCCUGAGACACAUCCUUUUCACUUUUAUGCUGGGGAGAUGACGGUCACUUUGCAAGAUGUUUCUCUGAUCACUGGACUUCCCAUCAAAGAAGAUCCUAUUUGUUUUAGCAUAGAUUCUGAGGGAUGGCGUGACAUUAUGUUUGGACUCAUCGGGAGGGAGCCCGGGGUGCGAGGGAAGUCCGCCGAUGCAACUUAUCACUAGAUAGCUGAGAACUUUAGGGUUUGCCCGGAGGAUGCGGACGAUUGAAAUAGUGCAGCAGUAUACCAGGGCAUACUUGUCGUAUGUAGUCAGCAGACUCUUUUCUCUUACGGCACUGGCGCAAACGCUUCCUUUAUGUGGCUUAAGCUAUUUGCUGGGUGGGAGCAUGGACUCAGUUGGUGUACGGUGGCGCUAGCUUAUUUGUAUCAUCAGCUGGAUGAGGCAUGCCGUAGGGGCGCGAAUUCAAAAAACGCCGCAGAGUCAAAGGAAUAUCGGUGGUCCAAUGCUUCUCUUAUCGAUCUGGGGUUGGGAGCACUUGCCAGUGGGGCGACCAGUGCUUGCAGGUUACGUGUUGUGGGAUGAUCAUGAUGACCCAGACCGUAUGCCUACAUGGGCGUAUAAGCGGGGCAAGGUUGAAAUUUUUGUUGGCAAUUCAAAGACCAUGUACUUGCACUACUGCAAAGAGCUCGACAUCAUGACCCCGGAGCAGGUGACCUGGGAACCGUACGGAACAGCGGGCAAUAUUGGCAGGGGAGCAGGUUAUCUUACUUUCACACUUAACCCAAAGUGUCUACAUGAAGCACACCUAUGGCGGAUGUGUUACCCGUUGAUUUGUUACCAUGUUGUUGUGUUUCAUCAGCCACAACGAGUUAUGACACAGUUUGGCUUAUUUCAAGAGACCUCGUCGAAGUACAAGGAUACUUCGCUACAUUUGCAUAGGAUGAAUUCGACAUGCUAACUGAAGAUUUCUCGGAAUGUCUAAAUGACUUGGGCGUGUCAGGCAGGGUCUAUGCGUCAAACGGAAGAGCUUUGGAUUGACAAGUAUAAACCACUCUCAUCGGGAGAGCUUGCUGUUCACAAAAAGAAGGUUGAAGAUGUAAAGAACUGGUUGGAAGAAAAGCUGAAGGCACCAAAGGGAACAUUUGGAGGACGGAGUCUUGUCCUUACUGGCCAAGCUGGUGUUGGAAAAUCUGCAACUGUCAAAGCGAUUGCUGCUGAGAUAGGAGCUGACUUAUGUGAGUGGACAACCCCAGUACCAACACUAUGGGCUGAGCUUGUGCAUGCUAAUUCAGAACUUGAGUAUGUAUCCAAGUUGGAAGAAUUUGAAAAUUUUGUGAACAAGAUAAGGAAAUACUCAUUGCUUUCUCCAACCAGCAUUGGAUCCCAAAGAAAGCUAAUCAUCAUUCUGAUUGAUGACAUCCCUGUAACAAGUGGAAAAGCUUCAUUUGCAAGACUGGGGAAAUGUUUAACAGGACUAAUUCAAAGUACUCAAAUACCAACUGUCAUUUCACUUACUCACCAUCACAAAAAUGAGGCUAAUGAUACUGCAACGUGGAACACCGAGGAACUUGAGUCCUUGCUUCAAGGUGCUGGUGCUCAUAAGAUUGUUUUCAAUCCGGUAACUGUAAGUUCUAUCAAAAAAAUUCUUCUUAGAAUAUGCAAACAAGAAAGCUCUGGCACAACUGAAGAAUUAGUGCAUCAGAUCGCUACAUCUUGUGGAGGUGAUAUCAGACAUGCGAUAAUGUCUCUUCAAUACUAUUGUCUUAAUCCACGAAGGCUUGAUUCUGCAUUGGCAAUAAGUGCUUCUCUGUCGGAGUUAAAGGGUCAUGCUACUCUAGCUCCAGCGCAGGACUGUUAUGGCCUUGGCUCUGUAAUUCAUUCUCCAUGCGGAAGGGAUGAGACACUUACAUUAUUUCAUGCAUUAGGGAAGUUUUUGCACAAUAAAAGGGAAACACAUGGUGAUGUCAACAUUGAUCUGGAUUCAUUUUCUUUCAAAGAACAGCUAAGAAGAAAUCCACUAAAAAUGGAUGUUCCAGAGAUGAUUCUUUCUCAAGCACACGGAGAAGUACGGACUGUUGCUGACUUUCUACAUGAAAAUGUUGUUGAUUUCAUUGACGAUGAUGCUGUUGAUGAUGCAUGGGUUGUGAUGUCAUAUUUGAGUGAGGCAGACUGCCUUCUUGCUGGCAGUCCAAUCGCAUCGGCUCGUUGGACUGUAAAUGAAUCAAAUGAGUCAGAAAACAUGUCACAACUUAUUGCUGCUUCUGUUGCAGCACGAGGAGUUCUUUUUGGAAAUGCACAUCCCUCACCCUCAAGAUGGCAUACAAUACGCAGCCCGAAGGUCUGGCAAAUUGAGCGUACAUUUCGAUCCACAAAGGGUCUGAUUCUUAAAGAAAGAUUUGAUCCGUCUAGCACGUCUGGUUCUCGCAACUUCUCCGUCGUGGUCACUGACUUCAGGCCUUUCGAGAGAUGGAUAAGCCCCCACAAUGAUAUGACCAGAAAUAACCCCUCGCGCCACGAUGUCGCAGGUGGCCCAAACUCCAUUGAUAUGCUUGAUGCUGAAGGGAAUAACAGUGAAGAAGAAGAAGAAGAUGAGAUAGAAGAAUGGUAAAAGUACAACCAUGCUGAUCUAGCUCAUAUCAGAUGUAAUCUAGUUUGGUAGAGAGAUUUUUUCUUUUGAGGGGUUUUGGUAGAGAUCUUCAGGAACUACUACCUCUGUAACUAAGUACUAUAAGACGUUUUUGAAGUUUAAAUUGAACUGCAAAAACAUCUUAUAUUUAGUUACGGAGCUAGUACAGUAACAUGUAAAACGUCAGAAUUACCUCUGAGUGGUUGGGUCAUGUGUUUUUGGCCAUGUUCGUUA